AUGGCGACAUCACCGCGUAAAAGAGUGGUCAUUGUCGGUGCGGGUAUUGUUGGUGUGAAUUCGGCGAUGGAAGUUCAGAGGAGAUAUCCGAAUUACGACGUGACGCUGAUCGCGGACAAGUUCAACGGAGACACACUCAGUGACGGCGCCGCCGGAUUGUUGCGGCCGGACACUUACAUUUUCGGCCCUAGCUUAGAAAUCUCUCAGCGAUGGGUCAACGACUCUUAUAGUUUUUAUAAAAACCUGUUAAAAAAUAGGGAUGAUCCAUGUGGCAUAAAUGAAGUUUCUGGUUACACAUUUUCGACUAAGAAUCCAGAUAUUACAAAAAACCAUUACAUGAACAAUUGUUCACCAGACUUCAGAGAAGCUACAGAUGAGGAAUUAAAAGCGUAUUCGUCUGCUGAGAAUCAACCUAAACUAAACUAUGGUUGCUUCUUUACAUCGAUAGUCAUUGAAUGUAAACUAUUCUUACCGUGGGCCUUAAAAAAAAUUAGUAAUAAUGGCGGAACUAUUAUUAACCGAAAAAUCGAAUCUCUUGAAGAACUAUGUGGAGAAUAUGAUAUUAUUUUUAACUGCACUGGGUUCAGAGCCGGAAAAUUAUGUAAUGAUGUAAAUGUAUUGCCUAUUCGUGGACAAGUAAUUCGGGUCAAAGCUCCUUGGGUUGACAAAUUUUACUAUCGCGAUUCCGACACAUAUAUAAUUCCGUCAAUAAGCGACGGGACUGUCGUACUAGGUGGAUGUAGACAUUUUGGCAGUCAUAACGAGCAGGAGAAUAAACGUAACACAGAAGAAAUACUGGAAAAUUGUAUCAGUGUAUUGCCAUCAUUGAAAAAAGCGUUAAAAACUGACUAUAAAGUUUGGGUCGGGCUUAGACCUUAUCGGAACAAAAUUCGUGUAGAAACCGAAUACAUAAAUGAUACUGUGAUUGUACACAAUUAUGGGCACGGAGGAUACGGAGUAACAUUAGCCCCCGGAACAGUGAAAUAUGCAGUUGACUUGUUGACCUCAGUUAACAAAUGA